AUGGAAUACGAUUUCAGAAAGCGCACCGGCGGAUCGUCGCCGUACGAUUCGGACAUCCCUUCGUUCAGCCGGCCUCCCCCAGCCGCCGCACCGUCGUCCGCCCCUGCAUCUCACUCGCCGUACGGUCAAUCGCCGUCGCUCUACCCGAAGAUCGGUGGCGCCGGAGCCCACUCCUCCGCCGCGCACAUCCGAACCCCCCCUUUCCACCACGCUCCGCCUGCCCCCUCCAGCUCUGGAGUUGGAAUUAGGGUUUCUAUAAAACCCGAAUACCGGAUCACACCACCUCCUGCGUUAUUGCCACAAUUGGGGGAAAUACCAAGAAGUAAUUUCCACUUUGAUUUCGAUUUUGAGAGGAAUGUUUUGGCCGAGGCAGUGAAGGAUAAUCCCAACUGGAGUAGGCUUGGUGUCGAAUAUGGUCCGCCAAAGGCAGCUGAACCGACAGCUUCAUAUGGUUCUGCUACAGAUCCUAUAUUGAACAAAUAUAUAGCAGCAGGUCUUAGCAGAGAGGCUGUGCCUCUUGCGGUUGCAAAUUAUGGAGACAAUCCCACUAAGGUGAAGGAAUUUGCCAAUGGAUUUACUCUUUUACGAGAAAUGGGAUUCUCGUCUAACAAUGUUGCGGAAGCUUUGAUCACGUACGACAACGAUACAGAUAAGGCGUUGGCUCAUUUUCUCAACAGUCCAUCAUGA